GGCUUCAAAACAACAGCUUGAGAGUUUAAGGGAAGAUCUAAUUUGUCCCAUCUGUUUAGACUUAUUCACCGAUCCGGUGUCACCAGACUGCGGCCACAACUUCUGCCGCUCCUGUAUCACACAGUUAUGGGAACAUGAAGAUAGAAACUCCUGCCCAUAAUGUAGAGAGGUGUUUACAGACCGCACCCUCAGGGUUAGUCGGGCCUUGGCGAGUCUGGCUGAGAAAGCUCGAACACUGAACCCGAAUCUCAAAGGGAAGGAAAGUAAAUUUAACUGCAAGAAACAUCAGGAGGAACUGAAACUGUUUUGUGAAACGGACAAGAAACUGAUCUGUGUGAUUUGUGCAGCUGGGCGGGAACACAAGACUCACAGCUUCAUGCCGGUAGAUGAAGCUGUUGAAAACUACAAGGCUGAGAUCAAAUCUUCCUUGGAAUCUCUCACUCAAAAUAAAUUGGCGUUGGAGCGAAUGGAACAGCAACAGAAGCAGAAGAUUUGUGGAGUUCUGGAUCAGUCACAGUUUCUGCAGUCCCACAUCAGGUCCCUGUUUGCUGAACUGCACCAGAUUCUCUUCCAUAAAGAACAACGCCUACUUAAAUAUCUCGGCGAUGAGAAGGAGAUGAUUCUAAAUACAAUGGAGAAAAAUCUUCAAGAGAUUCAAGUGCGUUUGAAUCUUCUGCAGCAGGAACUCCCAAUUUUACAGAAACAACUGGGUCAAGUGAAUGGUGUGACAUUACUCCAGGAAGAAGCUGGUCGGAAGCGAAGGGUUGGAUGUGGGGAGCAUUCAUUGUCGGUAGCAGAAGGAGCUCUGCAGGUUGAAAAAUUCGAUCACCCGUUUUUGUUGAACGUACCUUUGAGAAAAAUGUUUGGCAUCAUUAAGCGAGAGUCUGUGACCUUGGACUUGGAAACAGCGUGUUGGAAACUCGAAGUGUCCGAGGAUCGGAAGAGCGUGAAGUGGACCGGGACCCAGAGGAGUCUCUCCGACAACGUGAAGAGGUUUACAGUCUGGCCUUGUGUGCUGGGAUCGGAGGGAUUCACCUCGGGGAGACAUUACUGGGAGGUGGAGGUGAAGGAGAACUGGGGCUGGUGUCUGGGAGUCGCCCCCGAGUCUCUGGCCAGGGAGGGAGAGAUCAGCCUGAGGCAGGUGACUGGUCUCUGGUCCGUGGAACAAGUUGGCGACGAGUUUCGUGUGAACUCCUUGCCGAAAUCCCGUCUCCUCACCGAUCCCAUCCCAGAGAGGCUGGGAGUUUAUCUCAGUUACGAGGCAGGGAUGGUCUCAUUUUACAGCGCGGACACCAAGUCUCAUCUCUACACCGUCAGUGGGAAUAAGUUCACAGGGAAACUGUACCCUUUCUUCUGGACUUGGGAUGAAAAGCAGUGUCUGAGAAUCUGUUCCGGGUCCACUCUGGAUCUAUAA